AUGUAUGAUCUGGAAAACAUUUCAUACUUCACUGGUAUUGAAUUCUACAAAAGUAUUAGAGGCAUGAUGAUGCAUCAAAGAAGAUAUGCAAAUAAAAUACUCAAAGUAUUUGAGAUGGAAGUCUGCAAUGCGACUUCAAAACCUGUUGAACCAAGACUGCAAUUGUCAAAAAACUCAGAUGAAAAUGAUGCCGACCCAACACAGUACAAAAGACUUAUUGGCUCAUUAAGGUACCUUUGUCACAUAAGGCAUGAUCUAGCAUACAAUGUAGGUAUGGUGAGUAGAUUCAUGCAGAAGUCAAAUGUAUCACAUCUAGUAGCGACGAAUAGGAUACUAAGGUAUCUCAAAGGAACUCUCAACUAUGGCAUUCUGUUUCAUGCAUCUGAUGAAGGAAAAGAAUACAAGCUAGUGGAUUACACCGACUCAAGUGGGUGUAGUGAUGUCGAGGAUAGAAAAUUCACAGUUUGUUAUGUAUUUAUGCUAGGUGGUGCACUAGUUGCUUGGAGCUCAAGAAAAGAACCAGUAGUAGCAAUGCCGUCGUGUGAAGUAGAGUUCAUAGUUGUUUCUCUCUAUGCAUGUCAAGCAACAUGGAUGGUGAAUUUGGUCGAAGAAAUUACAAGGAAGGAUCAUGGAGCAAACCACGAAUAUCGACAACAUGUCUGCUAUCAAUCUGGCGAAGAAUUUGAUAGCACACGGAAGAAACAAACACGUCGAAAUGAGGUUCCAUUAACUUCGAGAGCAAGUAGCAAAUGA